UGUCUCUGCGCUGUAACGCCAGAGUCACGUGACCAAGGCAGACAAACUUCGUCUUCAAGUGCGCGUGUAUUUCUUUCGCAGACUCUCUCAGUCGUUGCUGAGCGGUAAGAGGAGCAGGAGCGCAGGCCACAGUCCAGCAACACAACCAGAGCACCAACACCAGCAGAGAUGGCAAACCAGCUGCAGCAGCUCGUAGCAGAGAAGAAGGACAUGGUGGAGACGGUGAUGGAGGUGUUUGAACAGGGAGCCGAGGUGGUGGCCAGUAUAGCCGGAGACCUCUUCCCCAUUUUCGCCAUAGCUGCGCCGAUUGUUAAACUGGCGCUGGACAACGUGGAGAGCAAAGAAGCCACGUUCAUGAAGGAGCAGUUUCAGAAAGUGCGUGAGCGUCUGGAGCUGGUGUCCGAGGAAAUCCAGAGGAUCAAUGAGGAGAUCAAGAAGAGCGGAAUGGAUGCUUCUUACUUCCCAGUGGAGGAGAACAUCACCAACCAGUUCAGGAAGUACAUGGACAUCCUUAACGCCAAGCCCAAGUAUAAAGAAGUCAAGAAGAAGUCUUUCCUUGACCAUUUUGCCAGAACAGGUGGUGACAAAAACCUCAACACGCUGUAUAAUGUUGUGGUCGGAAACAACUUCUCUGGGGAAUCUGUGCUGGAGAUCACGCUGAACUAUGAGGAGAAAAGUCGCAGGCCGGUGGAGGACUUCUGCGCCCGACUUAAGAAGCUUUUCUGCAUUGGACUCAUUGCCCUGCUGGGCCAUGCUGCUCUGAAGGGAUAUGAUGAGGAGGAGGCUCUUCUCAAAGACUGGGGUGAGAAGAUGAACACUGUCCAGUCUAAAAUAAGUGCUGUGAUUGAAGACUGCAUUGUCAGCUUCCCUAAACAAGCAGAGCAAGAUUCCCGACGCCUGGUCAGAGACCAGCCAGGUGUAACCAGCCAGCAGCUAGCCGACGCUAUCAAAGAGAAGCUCAACAAGAAGUACGACUGGGUGGGCUGGUCCGUGCGUGUGUUCAGUUCUCCUUCAGGCUUGUUUACUAAAAAGAAGGAUUUCCAUUGUCCAACGGGGAAGAGUCGCUUCCAGGUCCCCACAUCUGAUGAGAAACUGAACGUGUGGGUGUCCUACAGCUCCUCGCCGGAGCCUGUGGACAAGACUCGCGUCCAGCAGCUGAUCCAGAGUCAGAAGAAGCUCACGGUGGUGGGUGUGGCAGAGAUUCUGUUUCAGAAGUUGCCCGGCGACUGCAUGGUCCACGUGGUCAAAACCAGCGUAGACCCGCGCUGCUCCUGCACCUUCAGUGAUGAGCUGCACUACUGGGAGAAGCACAACAACCUCUAUGUCUGUGUUCACUCUGCUUGAUGUUUUAGAUCAGUCUAUGUUUGUAUGUCUGCAUCGAUUACUGCCUCUCCGCUCUGCCUUAGCAUCAAAUAUUACACAGUAUGUGCCUUAGUUACGUCUCCCUGUUUUAUUCUCUUUUAUUCUAACAAUGUAUAUUAUCUCCACCACUAAGUUCAAAUGUGUGGUUUCAUUUAGUCUCGGGCUGUUUGUGGUGCAGCACAGACAGCACAGACAGCACAGACAACACAGACAACACAGACAGCACAGACA